UCAAGGAAUCCACUCAGAUUUCUCAAGUUUCUCACAAUGCGUAUAUUACGGCAAACUAUUUAAAAAAGGUUACUUCAUUUCACAAUGUCUCGAUAAUGCAAUAGAAAAUGCGUAUAUAUUUCGUAUAAAAGAGGUAGUUAAGUUUUCCGAGCCAACUUUUCCGUAUUUAGUAUGCGAACGUGUUCAAAUAAUUGCUUAUCGAAAACACUACGCUGCAAUCGAAAUUGGCAAUGCCACUACACCAAUUCAAUACUUAUCUCAUCAUUUACUACGAAUAGAUAAUUGCAAAAGUCCUCCAAUAAAUGUUUAUAAAAUAUCUCGUGGUUUAAUGAUGAUAAGACCAAAAAUAAUAUAUUAAUUAUUAAGAAAUUCCCAUUGCUUCCAGUUCCAACAAAAUUUAAAAAAAAUGGACGAAUCACAAUCACGUUCAACGUCACCUGUGGAGAAAAAUACGAUAAGUGAAUUGAAACAAACAGAAACACCGGUCAAUAUUAUCCCACAAACAGAAACACCGGUCAACAUUAUCCCAUCUAGUCAAGUACUUCUAUCGACUACAAAUUACGUUUUGGUUCGAGAUGACAGUAAAUUAUUACUAAAUGAUUUGUCAUCGCCAGAUAACAAAUCAAUAAGUAUUCAAGAGCAAUCAGAUGAUCAAUCAGGUGUGGAAAACGUUUCAUUCACAGAAUUGAUAAGUUCUUAUUGCUCCAAUGAUGAUGACAAUGAGGUGGAAGCUCUCAAAACUCUUUUGAAUGAAUGGAAAAUCCCAAAUAUGUUUCACCAACUUUUUAUUGAUGAAAAUCUUUUUGUACCGGUGUUGCAAGUGGCAAACGAAUUUUUCAUGAAGAGGUUUUUACAAACUUUAAAUAUAACAACCGCAAGUAGGAUUGUUUUCUUUGAUAAGUGGUUUCAAUGGAAAACCGAACGGUAUACAUCUUUAUCUAAUACUCCGUCUUUAGUUUCUACACCAACGACUAGUGUAGCGUCACCUUCAUCUACCACAGCAUCAGUGAGCAAAAGUUUGAUAGAUAUUUUAAACUGUAAAGAUGGACAAACAAUUAAAGAUUAUUAUGACGAAAAUAAAAACAUAGACAAUAAAUCUGUUCGUAAGUUGCUCACCGACACAAUUUUGAGUUACGCCAGAAUAAAUAACGUACAUUUCUCGUCGAACGAUUUGAUAAAGCUUUCAGAUGAAAUACAGUUGGUGUUCAAUGAGGAUCCAUUGGAUUACUACUGCACAAAAAAAGGCAUGAAAAAUCCUAAAGGAAUGCUUGCAAACAAAUUUCAUAAUUAUCGAGGAAAAAGUCGUUCAAUAAAUCGUUUGUUUGCGGACCACAAUAAUAAAAAAAAGAAAAUCGAUGAUUUGCCGGUGGAACCAAAUACUUUUGAACAAGAAAAGCUGCUUCUAAAAAUGAAGCACGAUCAUCAUACAAUGAACGCUCAGGAAAAAAGUGAUGCAUGGGCAAAAACUUUCAAUAUUCGCCAAUUAGAUCUCAAAAAGGCUAACGAUAAGACAAUUAAAUGGGAAAAAUUCUAUGAAAAAUGGCACUUCAUGAACUUUCCGAAUGGCUAUGAAUAUAUCGAAUCGGACUUCAACAGAAUGUUUGCAAAUAAAGAUGAUGUUCUGGUGGGUACCAAAAUAGCCCAUUUUUGCAAUUUAAUGCUGCAAUACGCGUUCCCAAAAUUAAUAACGAACAUCGAGUUAAAAAAUAUGUUGCACGAUUUCAAUCAACAAUGUCAAGCAGAUGUGUGCGAAGUCACUCAGAAUACUAUGAUUGCGAUGGUGUUCAUGCACUUGCACUAUCUACUGCCACCAACUGCACGUGAUAACAAUAAGCGUUACACUGUGAAAGAUAGUCAAGAAGCGUCGAUAAGAUUGUUUGCGCUCCCUCAAGAUUACAAGGAAUAUCAAAAUGCUUUAGCUGCAAACAGUUCAAAUUCACAGCCACCGGUAAUAUCAAUUAUUGGUUCAUUGACGAAAAUUGAAGAAGUUCACGUAGAUUUCGACAACACACAUUUUAAGAUGUUAACUAUUGAACGUGCCAUUGAUAUUUGCCUGAAAACAUUUUUCACCUUUAACAUGGCGUAUCCGAAGCCAUGUGAAAACUUUUGGCAAUUCAUAGAUAUUUAUUUCUACCAAAUCGAAAAAUCAGCCACAAAUGCCAAAGCACGCAGCCUUUUGCGAUUCCUCAACUCAACUGAAUGUCAAAAUUCGUAA